GCUAGCUUUAUUCUUGAGCCGCCCUAAGCACCGAGAAGGGGAAUGACAGGAACUGUCGCUGAUAGCAUUUUAUAAUUAUUGUUGCUGCGGAUUUGUAAAAGUUUAGGUUUGUGUGUUUUUAAAGCCCGCUUUGAAUUUAGAAAUCGAGACUGUCGUGACCGGACACAGGAGCAUGUCUGGGGUUGACAGUUAGCGAACGAAAAUUAUGCCUUCAUCCUUCUAGAAAAGCUAACUGGCUAGCCAUCCGCUGCAGCGUUAGCAACUGUGUAAUUUAGCAUCAAAAUGCUUGACACAAAACGCUAAUUAAAGCUGCACACUUCCGUGGUGUUGGAGCAAGUGUCGGCUAGAUGCCGACAAAACUAUAUUUCUGUAUUCAACCUAACGGUGGAAUUAGCGUUGAGCUGCAAUGCGGCUAACCUUUGGGCUCCGCAUAGCUAAUUUCAUGUUAAGUCUUUAUGCCUGGUAGUCGAAAACCGCUUUAUUCGAGCAAGGUUAAAAUAUAUAUAUAUAUAUACAUUCAAGGCACAGUCAGCGAGGCCAGCCUUUGCUAGCUAGUUUUAUGUAGAUAUCAGUUUAAACAGUCGAGCUGAGCAUGAUGAGCUCCCUUUGCGGUUACGUUAGCCAGCAGUACCAUAGCUAAUGUUAGCUGCACGAUUGGCUAACUAGGUAACUAAUGUUGGCUUAUUACUGUAAUUAACCGGCGACUAAGUCAACUGAAGAAAGCAUCAGAGCCAGCUAAACAUGGCUUCAGAGGAGGCAUCGCUGCGUGCACUAGAGGGCCUGAUGACAGAGUUCUUUCAUAGCUGCACAACUAAUGAGCGAAAAAGAGAAAUCGAAGAGCUGCUGAAUAACUUUGCACAGCAGACUGGAGCGUGGCGCCAUUGCUUGUUCUUCCUCUCCAAUACUCGGAAUGAGUAUGUAAUGAUGUACAGUCUCACAGUAUUUGAAAACCUGGUAAACAAGCUGUGGAUUGGAGUUGCUUCCCAGGACAAGAUGGAGAUUCGCAGCUGUCUUCCCAAGCUCCUCCUUGCUCAGCACAAAUCUGUGCCCUAUUUCAUCCGUAACAAGCUUUGUAAAGUCAUUGUAGACAUUGGUCGCCAGGAUUGGCCGAUGUUCUACCAUGAUUUCUUUACAAACACCCUUCAGUUGAUCCAGUCCCCGGCUCUGGCUCCACUGGGGUUGGUUAUGUUAAAAACCACAUCAGAGGAGCUUGCAUGUCCUAGGGAAGACCUGAGUGUUGCCAGGAAAGAGGAGCUCCGCAAACUGCUGCUGGAGCAGGUGCCAACGGUGCUUGGACUGUUGACUGGAAUUCUGGAGACAUACUGGGACAAGCACAGUGUCAUAGCUUCUACACCACCUCCCUCACCCACCUCAGGGGAAAGCAUGGAAUUGCUGGGCAGCUUGUUUCAAGGUAGCCAGUACUCAAAACUGCUUUGUCAGCCCAUGGCAGCAUUGGACAAUGAGAGUCAUCAGCUCUGUUGCCUUGUUUUGGAGUGCUUGGCCCACCUGUUCAGUUGGAUCCCUUUGUCCACAAGUAUUACGCCCACCUUGUUGGCAUCCAUUUUCCAUUUUGCACGAUUUGGCUGUGAUCUUCGGCCAAAGGCCAAGACGGACUCCUUCAUUUCUUCCAACUCCUCCUCCUCAAAUGGACAGCGUAAUCCUGGAACAGUGCCACCAACAUCAAAUGGAGGAGAGCUAAACGGACAGCAAAACGAGGCUAACAAGGUGGACCGGGCCCAGCUUGGUUUACUUGCCAUGACCUGUGUCAAUGAACUGGUGUCAAAGAACUGUGUGCCAAUGGAUUUUGAGGAGUACUUGCUGCGAAUGUUUCAGCAGACCUUCUUUCUUCUUCAAAGGCUUACACGAGAAAAUAAUGCUCAUACGAUCAAGAGCCGCUUACAGGAACUUGAUGAGAGUUACCUGGAAAAGUUUACAGACUUCCUGCGUCUGUUUGUCAGUGUUCACUUGAGGCGAAUUGAGUCAAGUCCUCAGUUUCCUAUUGUAGAGUUUCUUGCCCUGCUUUUUAAGUACACAUUCAACCAGCCCACCCAUGAAGGCUAUUUUGCCUGUUUGGACAUUUGGAGUGUAUUUUUGGAUUUUUUAACAACGAAAAUCAAAAGCAGGCUACCAGACAGAGAAAGUGUCCUGAAUAGGUACAAAGAUGCCUUGGGUCUUCUGUUAAGGGAAGUUCUGAAUCGCAUACAGUUCAGAUGCAAUCAAGCCCAGUUAGAAGAGCUGGACGACGAAACUCUGGAUGAUGAUCAACAGACUGAGUGGCAAAGGUACCUGCGUCAGAGUCUGGAGGUGGUUGCCAAGGUGAUGGAGCUGCUCCCAUCCCAUGCAUUCUCUACUUUGUUUCCAGUUCUUCAAGAAAAUUUGGACGUAUACCUCGGUUUGCAGCAGUUUAUUGUGACUACUGGCACAAGUCGACGGCUAAAUAUCACUGCUGAGAACGACUGUCGCCGACUUCACUGCUCUCUCAGGGACCUCAGCUCCCUACUUCAGGCUGUUGGGCGCUUGGCUGAGUAUUUCAUCGGGGAGGUUUUUGCUGCACGUUUCAGUGACGCCCUGGCUGUGGUAGAGAGAUUGGUUGAUGUCACUUGUUAUGGCUCCCAGACCAGCCUCUAUGACCUGGAGACUGUUGUGCCUUCUGUGCUCAAACCAGACCUCAUUGAUGUACAUGCACAGGCUCUCGCUGCUUUGCAAGCUUAUUCUCACUGGCUUGCACAGUUUUACAGUGAAGUCCACAGUCAAAACCAGAGCCAGUUCAUCAACCUCAUUACAUCUGCAGUCGACGCCAGUAGCCCGCUCAUCACAGCCAAGGUACCUGAAAAGUUGCUGCUGUCAGCAUGCCAUCUGAUGGUCUCCAUAACGUCUACAGUGAGGCCUGUGUUCUUGGUCACUUUGCCAGCUGUUCAAAACAUCUUCAACCUGAUUACUACAGAAAAUCAGACACGCAGACUUCCCCAGGAGGCUCACAUGUUGGUGUGCAGGGCUUUAUCCAAUAUGCUGCUGCUCCCUUGGCCAAAUUUACCAGAGAGUGAUCAACAGUGGCAAACGCGCUCAAGCAACCACGCCAGCCUGCUGGCUGCGCUCACUCGAGAAUAUCGUAUCUUAAGAGGCACAGUGAACAUUACUUCACGGCAGCCUGGCCUAAAUGACAUCAAAGCAGUCAUACAGCAGACUCUGCCUGUGCUCCGAGACAUAGUGGACAGCGUCUCCAGUGAAUCGACCAAGUCACGUCAGAUCUGUUAUCAGAGUCUUCAGGAGUCCGUCCAAGUGUCCCUCAGCCAUUUCCCAGUGUUUAUUCAGCAGCCAGAUGUGACAGAUGAGAUGUUGGCCUUCUUCUUGACGUUGUUCCAGGCGUUACGAGUCCAGAUGGGUGUUGCUUUCACAGGACAGAUCAUCCACACGUUUCUUAGCAUGUUCACCAGGGAGCAGCUGGCAGCCAGUAUUUUGCAUGAGGGCAGUGCAGGUUGUAGGGUGGUGCAGAAGUUCCUGAAAAUCCUGCAGGUGGUGGUGCAAGAGCCCGGUCAAGCUUUUAAACCCUUCCUACCCAGCAUCCUUUCUUUGUGCAUGGAGCAGGUCUACCCAGUUGUGGCAGAGCGAUCCUCUCCAGACAUCAAGGCCGAGAUGUUUGAGUUGCUAUACCAAAUACUUCACCAAAACUGGAGGUACUUCUUUAAAACUUCAGUCUUAACAAGUGUCCAAAGAGGAGAUUCAGAAGACACAAUGGAAAAUGAGGCCCAGUUCACAGCUGCCAUGCAGGCUUUUGGACAGUCUUUCCUGCAGCCUGAUAUCCACAUCUUCAAGCAGAAUCUGUGCUAUCUGGAGUCUCUCAACAGCAAGCACAAGUUAUACCACAGAAAGCUUUUCCGGACCUCAAUGCUCUUCCACUUCAUCAAUGUGCUGCUGCAAGUCCUUCUCCACAAAAGUCACGACCUUCUUCAGGAGGAAAUCACCCUCGCCAUUUACAACAUGGCCUCUGUCGACUUCGAUGCCUUUUACUCGGCCUUCAUGCCAGAAUUCCUCAAUGGCUGCCAUGGUGUGGACAGCAGCCAACGAGCUGUUCUCGCACGGAAUUUCAAGCUGGAACAGGACCUGCCUUCGUUCACUCAAAGCGUGCAGCGGCUGGUGAACGAUCUUCGCUACUACAGACUGUGCAACAGCAGCCUGCCCACUGGCACAAUCAAGCUAUAGCACGAUGACUGUUUGAACUACUCCACAUACCGACUAUGAUUUCAAGGACUGCCUGUGCUGACCACUUUCCCCAACACUCCUCCAAUUCAGCUUUGCUCCACCUUUUCAAAGUAACAGGAUGGAGCAACACACAUUGUUCGGUUAGGUAAUUGGAGGUUGAGGAUGCUGCUGAUGUUUUUAUUUGAUUUCUACUGUAGAAGGUUGGCACAUUAUUAUUUUUAAGGCAGUGCCCUCCUUGUGAAUUGCCAAUGAGUUUGGUGAGAAAUGUAAACCUGGUCUGCAUUUGGCUUUUGCCCAGACCUGGAGCAGUCUGAGCCAGGCCUUCUGUCCCACGCCUCUGCAACAAAGCUGGGGCUGGGACAGAGCACUUUCAACUCAUUUUGAGUUUUGUUUUUGUUUUAGUUUUCUUUAAUGUCUGCUUUUAUUCAUUUUGCCUUUUUAAUCUCCAAAGGAGAGAGACUCUCAACUUAAGAUCUUUCAUAUCAUUCCAUUCUGAAAAGAGAAAACCUGCUUGAAUAAUAAAGUGCUUUUUUAAUAAAACCUUUGGCUGGUC